AUGAUUCAUAUUUUACAGGCACACACCCUUCAACUUGAGGCAUUUGCAGUUGCUGUAAAAAAAUUAGAUGCAGAUCUGCCAAGACCAAAGCUUCAAUUUGUAGGUAGUUGCAAAAAUGAAGCAGAUGAGAGAAGAUUGCAAAACCUCAGGGAUCGAGCUAAUGAGCUGAAGGUGGAUGGUGAUGUGGAGCUCCAUAAAAAUGUGUUGUACAGCGAGCUGGUGAAACUCUUGGGUGGUGCAGCUGCGGGAAUUCACUCCAUGGUAGACGAGCAUUUUGGCAUAAGCGUAGUGGAGUACAUCGCUUCCAGUGCCUUACCAAUUGCUGGCCCAAAGAUGGACAUCGUCUUACCAGAAGAAGGAAAGCAAACAGGAUUUCUAGCUCAGAAUGUGCAAGACUAUGCAGAUGCCAUCCUAAAAACCAUGACUAUGCCUGAACCAGAGCGGCUUGAGAUGGCUGCUGCUGCAAGGAGACGAGCUUUGAGGUUCUCAGAACAAAGAUUUUCUGAAGAUUUCAAGGCAGCUAUCCGGCCAAUUUUGUUUCACACCUCUAGAUGA